GGGUGCCGGUGGGGUAACGACUCAAGUGUGCAAAACUCUGGGAGUGUGUAUUGGAAGUUUCUACUGCUGUUCCCCUAAAAGCCUGGUAUUAAAUCGAUUUCUGGGUCCCCUAACUCCCUGUCAGAAGUGCUUCGUUUCAACCAGCCAUGGAAUGCGAUGAGGGGCUGUUCAUCAACGUCUGCCAGCCUCCUUCAAGUUUGCGGCCCCGCACUCAGCAGAGGACAGCUUCAAAGCCACAGCAUGGCAAGGCAAAAAAGUCUGGGCAAAUAAAAUUUGAAUGCCCCCAGGAAGGGACUCCACUAAAGCGGAAGGCAGCUCCACCUUCACCCCAAACCAGGAGACCACAGAAGAAAGCUAAAAGUGGCAUCAAAGAAGCAGGGUUGCCAAAGUCUCGUUCAGAGAAGCCUUUAACUGAUGCAAAGGACAGUGACGCCAGCAGCAACAGACCUUUUGUUAAGACUUCCUGCCUCUUCAAAAACAACCCUGAAAUUCCAGACAUUCAGAGAACAUCAGUGAAGCAAGUGCAAGAGAAAGUUUUCACUUCAGACUCCUUUGAUCAGCUGGGCCUCCAUCCCCAUUUGGUUUCAACCCUAAUCUCUGUCUUAAAAAUAUCUAGCAUGACCAGUGUUCAGAAGCAAACUAUUCCCAUACUAUUGCAAGGAAAAGAUGCGCUGGUGAGAUCGCAGACAGGUUCUGGUAAAACUCUGGCCUACGGAAUCCCUCUAGUACAGGCCUUGCAAAGAGCAGAGCCGAAAAUACAGCGUAGUGAUGGUCCGUAUGCUCUCGUACUGGUCCCAACCAGGGAGCUAGCCCUGCAGAGCUUUGAAACUGUCCAGAAACUGUUAAAGCCCUUUACCUGGAUUGUUCCUGGCGUGUUGAUGGGAGGAGAGAAGAAAAAGUCUGAGAAAGCCAGAUUACGCAAAGGAAUAAACAUCCUAAUUGCCACUCCUGGCCGCCUGGUGGACCAUAUCAACUCCACCAAAUGCAUUCACUUCCACCGCAUCCAGUGGCUGAUCCUGGAUGAGGCGGACAGGAUCCUGGAUCUGGGUUUUGAGAAGGCAGUCACUGCGAUACUGAAUGCUGUAAAUGCUGGCUGUGAGAAGCGGCAAAACGUUCUUUUGUCGGCAACGCUUACAGAAGGAGUCUCAAGGUUAGCUGACAUCAGCUUGCAUGAUCCUGUUUACAUUUCCAUUGCGGAAGGAUCAAACACUUCCAGGGCAGAAGUGUGUGCUAAGGAGGAUGCCAGUGUCCCUCCAGUGAGCCUGGAACAAAGGGGAUUUGCUGUACCGGAAAACCUCCAGCAGAAUGUUGUGGUUGUCCCAAGCAAGCUAAGGCUUGUGACGCUGGCUGCAUUUAUCCUUGGGAAGUUGAAGUUUGAAAAAUGCAACAAGAUGAUUGUCUUCUUCUCCAGCUGUGAGCAGGUGGAGUUUCACCACACCCUCUUCCACAAAGUCUUGGCUGCGGACCUUGAGCAGCCGUGGCUUCCUCCUUCGCUCUUGACGUUCGCACGCUUGCAUGGUGACAUGAAGCAAGAGGAGAGGACAUCUGUCUUCCAGGACUUCUUGCAAUCAAAGACGAGCAUUUUACUCUGCACAGACGUUGCUGCUCGUGGAUUAGACCUGCCACAGGUUACCUGGAUUGUACAGUAUAAUCCUCCAGCUUCGCUUGCCGAAUAUGUCCACCGUGUUGGGAGGACAGCUCGGAUUGGCAGUCACGGGAACAGCCUGCUCAUCCUUGCACCUUCAGAGGCGGAAUAUGUCAACUUCUUGGCUUCUUGCAAGAUUAAUGUUUCAGAGAUGAAGAUGGAAUCUGUCCUGUCCAGCUUGAUGAAAGAUGACCGUUUCAAGGGGAGCCAGAGGGGAAAUAAGAAGUUCCACAGCAAUGACCCCCAGGAAGUGCGACGCAGAGCCACCAUCUUGCAGACUGAAUUCGAGAAUUACGUCCACUCUAAUGCAGAAACUGUUCAGCGGGCCAAAAAAGCUCUGCAGUCUUUCAUUCGGUCGUAUGCAACCUACCCAGCCAGCCUCAAGCACAUCUUCCACGUCAAGUCUCUCCAUCUGGGCCAUGUGGCAAAGAGCUUUGGGCUCCGGGACGCCCCUAAGAAUCUCAGUGCCACCUCUGCCUUCCCAAAGCAAGCAAAGAACCAGAAGCAGAAAAGGCGUGAGUUUCUUCUCAAGAAAACUCGGGGCAAGCGCCGUCUGGCCGAAAUCUUGCAGUCUGAAUACUCGAGUGGCUUGGACAUGGUUGCAUCUAAGGUCAAGAGGAAGAAAAAGCUGGCCAGCCUGGGAACUGAAAGAUGAGCCAGAAAUUCUCAGCCUCUACCAAGACAGCUGAGACUCACAGUAGCUGCAAUCUGGAAGUAUCACAAAAAAUUGAGGUGCUUCUUCCCCCACCAACCCCUUUUGCAAAGCCUACUCCAGGGAAAGGGAAAGCAAAAUUCAGAACAGCAUUGUCCUGUAUGAAAUUUAAAGGUGUGCUGGUUGUAACAACUUUUAACCAAAACUUUCUUUUGGGGUGGGGUUAUGAAUGCAGAGUGGAGCCUGCAACCCCUGGAACAGUGGUAAUGGUGAAAGCGGUAGUCCUCCUAAUUAUAUUCAUUGUAAUUUUUUUUAUAUAUUUACCUUACAUGAGUCGCCUUAGGAAGAACUUUAUUCUUGAAGGAUGCUGUAGAAAUAUAUUGAAUGAAUGAAUGAAUGAAUGAAUGAAUGAAUAAAUAAAUAAAUAAAUAAAUAAAUAAAGGAAGUGUGUGUGUGUGUAUGUGUGUGUGCAUACAUAUGUAUAAACUUCUAUGACUUCUUCAGUCUGCUUUACAAAGGAUGGAUGGGGGACUCCAACUCCUAUCAACUCCAGCCAGCAUAGGCCAAAAGCCAGGGAUCAUAGAAUCAUAGAGUUGGAAGAGACCACAAGGGCCAUCCAGUCCAACCCCCUGCCAAGCAGGAAACACCAUCAAAGCAUUCCUGACAGAUGGCUGUCAAGCCUCCGCUUAAAGACCUCCAAAGAAGGAGACUCCACCAAACUCCUUGGCAGCAAGUUCCACUGUCGAACAGCUCUUACUGUCAGGAAGUUCUUCCUAAUGUUUAGGUGGAAUCUUCUUUCUUGUAGCUUGAAUCCAUUGCUCCGUGUCUGCUUCCCUGGAGCAGCGGAAAACAACCUUUCACCCUCUUCUAUAUGACAUCCUUUUAUAUAUUUGAACAUGGCUAUCAUAUCACCCCUUAACCUUCUCUUCUCCAGGCUAAACAUACCCAGCUCCCUAAGCCGUUCCUCAUAAGGCAUUGUUUCCAGGCCUUUGACCAUUUUGGUUGCCCUCCUCUGGACACGUUCCAGCUUGUCAGUAUCCUUCUUGAACUGUGGUGCCCAGAACUGGACACAGUAUUCCAGGUGAGGUCUGACCAGAGCGGAAUACAGUAGUACUAUUACUUCCCUUGAUCUAGAUGCUAUACUGUACUCCUAUUGAUGCAGCCCAGAAUUGCAUUGGCUUUUUUAGCUGCUGCAUCACACUGUUGACUCACGUCAAGUUUGUGGUCUACCAAGACUCCUAGAUCCUUUUCACAUGUACUGCUCUCAAGCCAGGUGUCACCCAUCCUGUAUUUGUGCCUUUCCUCUUUUUUUGCCCAAGUGUAGUACUUUACAUGAUGGGAGUUGUAGUCCAGCAACAUCAAGAAGGCGACAGGUUCCCCAUUCAUUGUACAAAGGAGGAUGUUUAUUUUUAAAAGAUUAGAAGGAUGGGCUGUUAAGCUGUGACACAGAGUGCCUUGAAGGUGGUGGACUCUUCUUGGCUAAAGGUUUUUCAGCAGAGGGUACGACACCCCCCCCCAACCCCAGACAGGGUACUGUAGCCAGUCGUACAGAGAUACACGGCAGAUUAUUUUUUGCAUCUUUGAGGGUGAUUUGAGUGAUCCAGGUAUACAGAUACACAACAGAACUGUCCUAGCAGAGGCAAGUUAAGAGGUCUGGGAAGCUGCCAUAUACUGAGUCAGACCAUUGGCCCACCCAGCUCAGCAUUGUCUACACUGACUGGCACUGGCUUUCCAGGAUGUUACGCACAAAGCAGAAGCUUCACCACUGAGCUAGGACCAGAACAGUGACUUAAACAGAGAUGCAACUGACAGCAUCCUCCAUGUGCUUGCUUUUGUAUUUCCAUGAUUUUUUCAAAUCCAUUUAUUUCUUGUGGCUCAAUAGUUCUGGAAUUUCUGCCCCAUGUUAUUUGCAACUGUCCUGAUAGCCUCCAAACUCUUAUCACAGGACAUCUGUUCAUGCAAUGUGUUCGCUACAUAUCUACACAGAAAUAGUAAGUCCCAUUGAGCGUUUCAGCCUUACGACUAUUUUAUCAAUUCCUAUUGCCUUCAUAUUUUGAUUUACACCAGCAGCUUUGGUCUAUAACCUUUUUUUCUAGGGUUGUAUGCUUUCACCUACAAUAUUUCAAAUUGAUUUUUUUUUAUUAAAAAAAAAUCCCUUUGCCGAAGUGAAACCUUUCAACUCCUUUCCCAAAUGUGUCUUGGCGAGGACAAAUUUCAAUCUUGCCAUUUUCCUGUCGUGUUAGAAAGGGUUGUCGUUCAUUAACGUGCGAGAUGGCAUCGCUGGGAGCUACAAGGGCAAUUAAAUAGCACAGAACGUCUUUGAUUUGCAUUUCUGGGCUGUGUAAAUGUAAGGAAGGCCGUUGCUGGAUUAUUCUCUCUCUCUUCCAAUGAAAAGCGCAAGUUGUUCCUUUGAUAGAUUUUUAAUAUGAUUUUAAAAGAGUUUUGUUUGGCCUCAUUCUUAGGCAAUGAGAUUAAUUUAAAGCACUUAUCCCCUGGGUUUAAGUCAAUCCAUGUAGGCCUUUGGACAGAGGGCUUCUUUAGGGGAGGGGGGGGACUUUGUUUGCAGUGCCUCUGAAAGAGACUCUUUUCCCACUUUAUUAACCCCAGAGCUGGGGACAAUCCCCUCCUCCGCCCUCUCACAACCUUCUUAUACACACACACACUCACACACAGAAAAAGAAACCCUAGAGAUUUACCAAAUUCAGCCCCUGACCUGGGCUUCUGGGCUUCUUUUCUCAUGUAAAACCAACACCUUUCAAAAGGGAGAUGUUUGACUUAAUGAGCUGCUUCUGCUUCCUUGAUGUUUUGUGGGUUGUUUUUUUUUUUUUUAAAGAAUCCACCAAGUAGAACACUAGAAAACUCCAUUCUUAAAAGAAAAAAAAUCAACAACGGGAACUUUUAAUGGUAAUCUAAGUCUGCAUAUGCACCAUGUAUUUGAAACGCCGUUAUACCAUUUUAAACAGGCAUUACUUCCCCCCCCCAAAAAAAACCCACCACCAAAAAAAAACACCACCCUGGGAACUGUAGUUUAUUCAGAGUACUGAGAAUUGUUAGGAGACCCCUUCUCACACAGCUAUAGUUCCCAAUGUUCCCUGGGAAGAGGCAUUGGUUAUUAAACCCUUCUGGGAACUGUAGUUCUGUGGGGAAUAAUAAUCUCCUAACAACUCUCAUUUUGAGCUCCUUGGAUGAAAGCUGGGAUAGAAAUGUCAUAAUAAUAACAACAAAUAAUUAUAACUCCUUCUUCUUCUUCUUCUUCUUCUUCUUCUUCUUCUUCCUAUUAUUAUUAUUAUUAUUAUUAUUAUUAUUAUUAUUAUAUGCCUGUUGUCUUUGCCCAUGGCAUUUUCUUGGCAGGGAGGGAUACUGGAGUGGCUUACCAGUUCCUUCUCCAGGUGGAUCACGUUUAGUCAAAACUCUCCACUAUGACCUGUCCAUCUUGGGUGGCCCUGCAUGGCAUAGCUCAUAGCUUCUCUGAGUUAUUCAAGCCCCUUCGGCACGACAAGGCAUUGAUCCAUGAAGAGGAUCGAUGCCUCUUAUAUAUCAAUUAUAUAUAUACUCGAGUAUAAGCCUACUUUUCCAGCACCAAAAAUGUGCUGAAAAAGCCGCCCUCGGCUUAUAUUUGAGUGAGGCGGGCAGCAGCGGAGAAAGGCACAGGACCGGGGGUUCGGAGAAGCGCUGCACUGCGACUCUCCGAACCCCUGUCCUAUGCCUGCUCUGUGUGAGGCAGCAGGGAGGGAGAAGCGGCGAGGAAGGGAUUCUUCCUCGCCGCUUCCCCCAUCCCGCCACCGACAGCUGGGAAAGGCAUAGGAUGGUAUUUAUUUUUAUUUUUGAAAUUUACCAGUAGCUGCUGCUGCAUUUCCCACCUUCGGCUUAUACUCGAGUCAAUAAGUUUUCCCAGUUGUUGUUUUUUUAGGUAAAAUUAGGUGCCUUGGCUUAUAUUCGGGUCGGCUUAUACUCGAGUAUAUACGGUGUGUGUGUGUGUGUGAGAGAGAGAGAGAGAGAGAUCAGUUUUUCCGAUAUCAUUCCAAUAACAGCCUUAUUCAAACAAUGCCAGUUUUAUCCAAUUAAUACAAUUAUUAAUACCGAUUAUUUAAAUACCAAAUUAUACAAUUUAGUUAAAGUGGCCCCCUAAUGUGUUAGAUUUGAUGGCUUCCUUCCUUAAUUAUAACUAAUAAUAAUUAGUCCAGGGGGUGGCACUGCCUGUUAGCUUCCUCCAGUCAGUCUAAGUUUCGCUGUUGCAGAACUUUGCAAGGAGGAGGAGGAGGGUGGGCAUAAAACUUGAAUGAGUUGGCUCUGCCUGUCAUUGGCUCUGGCUCUGCCUACUGUUGGUCUCCUUGCCUUCUGCCUCACUGGUCCCAAGGGCCACCAGCCACCACCAACACUCCACACCUGUUGCAGGCCCCAUUUUGUAUUCUUAUACAAAACAAAUAGGCAAAUUCAUGGAAGAUGGGCCAGGCAACAGUUGUUUGCAGCAUCAGUUAAAUGGAACAUUCAUAUGCAGAGACUUGUCUACCUGAGACCCCCCCUGAAUUCUCAGGAAUAAGCCAUGGGAGGUGUUUUGUUCUGUGAGCAACCAGAUAGAUCUUGUCUGGCUGCAACAGGAGAAAGGCUGGGCCUCAUUUUAAAUUAAGUUAUCCAUUGAUUUUAUUAUCCUUUUACACAGCCUUUAUGAAAAUCAGUAUGGUGGUGUAUAACAAAUCAAAACCUAACAACAAACCAUAAUAUGAACUAAUUAAAAAUAAAAUUUUGCAAAUGUUAAAUGCUCAGGUUUUUAAAAUAAUAUGUUUAUUCAUUUUCAUUCUUCACAUCACGCAUAAAACAUAAGUCAAAACACAUUAACCAUGUUGCUUAAAAACAUCAAAUAAAAUUAUUACAAAUCACUCCAAGAAAUAUUUCCAUAUAUUACCAUGAGAACUCAGUCUUCUUCAUAUCAUCCAAAAACGGUUGCCACGCAAUAUAGAAAAGCUGUUGGUUAGAAUUCCCUUUGGUAGCACAAAUCUGGCACAUCUGCUUUUCAGCCAGGGCUAUUGUCCAUGCUAUGGAGUACAGUACCACACUUCAGUUUUCAGGCCCAAGAGCAUGGCUAUUUCCAUGUUUUCCACUGUGAGGAGGAACAUUAAAAGUUCUUCAUGAACAAUUGGUGGAGUAGAUAUGUCCUUUGUUUCAAGUAAAGCAAGUUAGAGGGUAAGGUUGUAGGUCCGCUUUUCAAUUUUUUAAAUAUCAAAACCCAAAAUGGGUAAACAGAUUUGCAAAACCAUCCAAAUACAUGUAAGAUCCAGUCUUCCCACCUCCCUUCCAACAGGUUGAUGUUGCCCCUGGUACCUUGUGGGCUAUUCGCAAGCAGAAAAUAUAUCACCUACAGUAUGUAUGCAUUUCAAAGAGAAUUCCAUUAAUUGGACCGAAACUGUUUUAAAAUGUCCUCUCCCCCCCCCCAAAAAAAACCUCAAAGCGUUUUCCAUUUUCCAUUAGAGAUUAUUGCUUCAAGGUCCAUUUCCCAGGAAUUUUUGUGGCCAUAAGAUGGCCAAAUUCUACCUCAAUUAAUAUUUUGUAUAUGGUUGGUACUUCACCCACUGAUGUAGCAGGAACAAUUUUUUCUCCACACAUUUUGUUUUAAUUGAUACUCAUCAAAAGAUGUACAAAAGUUUAUACCCAUUACAAAACAUGUUUUUAUUAUAUACCAGAAUAAAAGAAAUAUUUUAAAAAUCUAAUUUAAAAAAACAGAAGCAAAGAGAAGGGAGAAGGAAAAAAGAAACACAAGAAAUAAAAAGAAAAGAAAAUUUAAAAAGGGGGGGGAGACUUCUGAUUCUCUUGUCAGCUAAAUAUAGCAACUAGUUCAAAGUAUUCACUCAAAUUGACAUCCAACUAUUCUAUUUUCUAUAAGCCAACAUUUUCUCAAUCUUCAAAUCCAGAUAUUACAAGUUCAUUUUCUCUUUCACGCAAAAAGUCCAUAAGAAGUUUCCAGUCUUUAAUAAAUGUCAACAAAGAAUUUUCUCUGAUUGUUCUCUGUAGCAGGGACAUUGACCAUAAGUUGUUCAAAAGCAGUCAACUCUCGGUCUGCUUGAAUGGCUAUACAUGGUUUUAACAGAAAGAAAAACAAUUGAUUAAAAUUAGACCAUGACCAUGUUACAUUGGGAAUGUUAGCCAAAAUCUGUGCUUUCUGUAGGGGGGCGGUGGGAACAUUAAAAUCUCAAGUCUAUAGAAAACUGCUUGGUUUUUUGUUUUUGUUUUAACUGUGCCUUGAUACCUUUCCUAACAACAGAGACGUGGGUGGGUGUGAUUGCAUUCCUUCAUCUCGGGGUGAUGGAGGAAAAAGCUCUCCCCCACAUGCCUGUCAAGUGGGCCUCUGCUGGCAGUCAUAUCUUCAUAAGGGUCUCUCCUGCAGCUCUUAACAAGUGGGCAGGUUCAUAAUGAGGCAUGCAGCCCCAGAGGAACUAAGCCGCUUAGGGCUUUAAACAUCUACUCCUGAGCCUGGGGAACAACUGCUUGGCCAUUACAUUUUGCAUCAUUUGAAGCGCUGCACAGACCAGACAGUCGUCUAGGAUAGCUCCACAUAACUCAGUUUGCAGUAAUCCGAACAGCAAUGCAGUGAGGGCAUGGAUAACUAGUGCUAAAUCAGACUGACACAAGAGACAUAAUCAUUGGUACACUAAAAUGCCCUGGUGUAAAUGUACUCCUUGCAACCACAGCUGCCAGUAUCAAGGAGCACCCCUAAUCUACAAAGCUGAUGGCUCAAGGGGGAGUACAACCCUUUCCACAGCAGGUCAGACCCUAGUCCCUGAGGCAGACUGACGAAACAGCACCUCCACCUGUCAGGGGUUAUGGGAGUUGUCACAUAGCGACAUCCAGGGGGCCACAGUUUAGCCUCUUCUGAUGUCAAUGGCUAUGACAAAAAGGGACAGUGGUGGAGCUGAGGUAUUACUUUCAACCAUUAACAAGUUUCAACCAUUAACCUCCAGAAAGUGCUGGAUCAGGCCAAAGGGUCCAGCGUCUUGUUCUCACCAUGACCAAACAAAUGCUUCAGUGGGAAACUCUCCCUUCCUGCAGUUUCCAGCAACUGGUUUUCCAAAGGAUGUUCCCACAGGGGUGCAGCCACCAUGGCUAGUAGCAGUACUACAUUCAGGGCUUUUUUCAGGGGGAACUCACAGGAACUCAGUUCCAGCACCUCUCAGGCAUACCCUCCAACAUUUCUCCGAUGUCCCCUUUCAUAAUGAUUAUCCUACUAUAUAUACCCCACACAUAUUACUGGGUUGCCCCAGCCACUCUGGGCAGCUUCCAACAUAUAUAAAAACAUAAUGAAA